AUGUCGAAGGAAACAAAACAAGAUGAUAAUAAUUUGACUCCGAGAGCACCACAAAAUCAGAAGAAUGAAGAAAAAACAUUUGCAAACAAGGAGAUUCUGCCGAAAAUGAAGAAGAUUGAAAGUGAAGAACCGAGUCAUUUGCAGUUGAAUGAGAAGUUUUUAAAGCGAUGGUCGAUUGAGGGGUUGAUUGGAAAAGGUGGUUAUGGAGAGAUCUAUUUGGCAGUUGAUGUUGUGAAAGGAGAAGAAGUUGCAAUAAAAGUGGAACCGAAGAAGAGAAGAGGAAAGUUGGCAAAACGGAUGAUACUCGAGCAACACGUCAUGUUCAAAAUGCAAGGGAAACCUCAUGUUCCGUUGAUUUUCGGGUCUGGUUAUACGGAGAAAAUCAAUUUUAUCAUCAUGCAAAUUCUGAGUAUAAACGUUGGAGAUAUAAAAAAGAGUAAUCCGAAUAAAAGAUUGAGUCAAUGUUCCGUCGGAAGAAUCAUUCAUCAAUCAAUUACUGCUCUUCGAGAUCUUCACGAGACUGGAUAUGUGCAUCGAGAUGUGAAACCAGCGAAUAUGUGCUUUGGAAUAUAUCCCUCGAGUCGUCAUAUACUAAUUCUACUCGAUUUCGGAUUGGUUCGAAGAUAUAAAUUGGAUAGUGGAGAAUGGAGAGAACCGAGAGUUCGUGCAGGAUUUCGUGGGACAACACGUUAUGUCUCCAUCCGAGUUCAUCGUCGUUGUGAACAAUCUCCGUAUGAUGACCUAGUUUCAGUCAUGUACACUUCUUACGAACUUCUUUCUGGUGAACUUCCGUGGAAACAUCUCGAAAAAUCGGAAGAAGUUCUACAGUUAAAGGAGAUCAUGACAGAAAACGGUGUGAAUCCAGAAUUGUUCAAAGGAGAAAAGAAUGUGCUAAUGGACUUUUUCAAGAUGGUUUCCGAAACAGAUCCAUAUAAAACCCCGAAAUACGAUCAAUUAAUUGAAUGCAUCAAGGUUCUCUACUCUCCAAAAGCAUUGACUGAUCCAUACGAAUGGGAAGAGAAUCAUAAGAGUACUGAUGAGUGUUCAGAGGAAAAUAGCAAAUAA